UGUGAGUCCACCAGGUAAACUCUCUCUACUCUUUGCACCUGACUGCAGAGGCUGAGACUCCGAGCUAAAAUUGGAGGUCAACGUUCAGACUGCCAGGCCAACAUGGGAGUGAAGGAGAUGUUUAAUCUGGCCCGGGUGCCAUCCAUUCUCAUGCUUGGUUUGAUUUAUGUGGCCUAUGUGCUGAUUGGUGGUGUGAUUUUCUGGAAACUGGAAGGAGAUCUUGGAAGGAAGGAUCUCUCCAAGUUACUCCUCAACAAACAGAGGCUGCUGAUGACGUACAGCUGCCUGAACCAAGAAGGUCUAGAGGAAGUGGCUCAGGUUGUUCGAGAUGCUUCAAAGGCUGGUCUGAGUUUGAAAGGCAACCAAACCUCGGAUGGCUUCUGGAAAUUCACCAGCUCGGCUGUGUUUGCUGCCACUGUGGUUACAACUAUAGGUUAUGGAAACAUGAGCCCCAGUUCAACAGUUGGUCAGAUCUUCUGCGUCUUCUUUGCACUCUUUGGGAUUCCUCUUAACGUAGUGGUGCUCAACAGAGUGGGCAAGUACAUGCUCGCAUUGGAGAGAAAUGUCUCAGACUUCCUAGAAGGCAAAUCUGGACGAAAGGGGUGCACACGGUUUUUUGUCCACCUGUUCUGCUAUGUCUGUGGCACCGUCCUGUUCUUCAUCGUGCCCAUGCUUGUGUUCCAGCAGCAAGAGGGCUGGACCUACUCCCAGGCCAUCUACUACUGCUUCAUCACCCUCAGCACCAUUGGUUUUGGGGAUUUUGUAGCAGAUAGUAAUCCAGACAAAGACUACCCUGACUGGUACAGCGUCCUCAUGGCCUCGUGGAUCUUUUUUGGCCUGGCCUGGCUCGCUCUGCUCAUCAACCACUCCAUUGACAUCCUGGAGCGGCUUAACUCCCUCCUCAAAAAAGGCUGCUGCAGUGAGAAGACACAGGAAGAGUCUGAGAGCACAGACAACAACAACCCUGACACUCAAAUGGAGGAUGAUGAUGAGAUCAAGAAGACUCCAAUAACUCAGUAAUCUAUAACAACAAGGUGUAGGUUUUAGUGAGUCAAUUACAUGACCAUUAGCCCUAUAUUUAGGAUAUGGGAACUGGUGACAGGCUGUGAAUGCAUGUGUUAUCAGGCUAUAAAUGCUGUAAUUCUUCAUAAUCACCAGUUCAUUAGCUGAUCAAAGGUUGCAAAGUUCUGAUAAGUGGCCAGCGAGCCAAAAAAGAAAGCAACAUGUCUCAUUAUGUUCCACAGAGGAGAUACAGUUUGUGUUUGUAGUUUGCGUUGUACGAGUCACUUGUACAAAUUUCCAGAGAUGCAGCAAAUAGUCAUACAUGAAUCUGUGUAAAAAUAAUGAUCUAUAUCAUUAAAAACCUAUGUUUCAUUAAGAUGUAAUGCUGAUGAUGUUUUUAUACUCCUCAUUUAGUUUUGUCUUCUUUAAUAAUCACUUAACAAAAAUCGGGCAUCUGUUGAAAAAAAUUUAAUUUAAAAAACUAAACUAAAUUUAAAUUUUGUUGACCACUCCAAACAGUGAUGUGUGUCUUACAUUAAACUCUAACUGGGUGAUUUAGGACUUGCAGAUUUUCAGAGACUUAGGUGCAAUUUUUAUUUAGGCUUUUUACUAUUGAGCAUCAAUUCAGCAGAUGACUAAAAACUGUUUGUUUUUUUUAUUUCCAUUUGAGGAAUAUCUCAAAUAGACUUUAACUAAUGAGUCAUCAUUAGUCAAAGCUUAGACUAAUGAUGUCAACAAGUAAUCUUAAGAUCAUGAUUCAUUCCUUUGUCUCAGCUGGACUAUUGUAAUGUCCUUUUUACUUGUUCAGGAAGAAUAGGCUGGCUGCUCUUCAGGUUGUUCAAAACUGCAGAGAGACUGUUGGUGGGCUCACACAGAGGAUCUCAUAUGGCAUGUUUUAUAGUUGCUACACCGGCUGCCAGUCAGAUCUACGUUUUAAUUUAAAAUGUUAGUCUUAACCGUCUGAGCUUUACAUGGACAAGCUUCUUCACCUAUUGUUGAUUUGAUUUAAAUAAAGACCUCUUUGUAUGUUCUGAAGUAACUGAAUCAGAACCAUUUUGUGGUCCUCUAUGCAUCUGCAUCAGAACUCAAGGAGAUUGAUCUCUCCAAGCUGGCGUCACCCAGACUGUGGGAAUACACUGCCUAUGUAUUUUUGGACUCUGUUGAUACAUUUAAAAACCAGCUAAAAAUAUUUUUAUUAAAAGGUUUAGUGGGUUUUUUAUGAAACGCAUUUUUGACUGUGUUGUUUCUUUUUUUGUCGGCAUUGUAGAUUGUAUGUUCUUGGGCUACUCUUUUUUGUAAAUCACUUUGUGACAUCUGUAUGGGAACUUGUGGUACAUAAAUAAAUUUUUAUUUACUUUA